UCAAAGCUCCUGAUGAAAAGCACAUGACUAAACUCUUAACAAUGCCUUUUCAAACUUAGUCCCACAGGCCUGCAGAUGGUGUGAUCACUCAGAGAAUCAAGAGCUCUUUACUAAAACCGAACCUCUCACCCUUACCAGUGGAAAUUUUCCGUUGGUGGGGGUGUUCAGGGGACCACUUUUUUUCUCCCUUUUUUUUUCCCGGAGAGGAAGGGUGAUGCUGUUCUUCGUUCACUGGGAAUGUAUUGACUGAGGAUCCAACUCUCAGCCUUCCAGCUGGACCCUGCUGCUGCUCUGCUCACUGUGUGGGGUUUAAACCAGGACAUAAACACACCUGACAGCUGAGAGUUCUCCUUGGCUACUGUUUAACCACAACUCUAAUAAAACCAUGAGGAUCUUCCUCUUGCUUUGCCUGCUGGCGCUAGGCAAUGCCAAACCCUACCAACCAAUCAAUGUUAUGGACUACCUGAAAAACUAUGACACAAAAAUCCAUGAAAUCAUGAUGUCGGAUUCAAAUGAUGAUGACGAUGACGACGAGGUGGACGAUGAUGAUGACGAUGACGAUUACAAUGAUGAGGACUGUCCAGCUCAUUGUCAUUGCUCACCCAGAGUGGUGCAGUGCUCUGACCAGGGUCUGAUAUCCGUUCCUGAUAAGAUUCCAGAAGACACAGUGAUGAUUGAUCUCCAAAACAAUGAUAUCACUGAAAUCCAGCAGGAUGACUUUAAAGGCCUCAACAAGCUUUAUGGCCUGUUUCUGAUCAACAACAAGAUCUCUAGGAUUCAUCCAAAGGCCUUCAAAAACAUGGACAAUCUCAGACUGCUGUAUCUGUCCUACAACAUGCUGAAUGAGAUCCCUGCAAAUUUGCCUCCCAAUGUCAUUGAACUCCGCUUUCAUGAAAAUCAGAUCGACAGAAUUCAGAAGGAUGCAUUUAAGGGCUUGAGGAAACUUCAUGUGUUGGAGCUGGGGGCCAACCCUCUGACCAACAGUGGAAUUGAGAUAGGAGCUUUUAAUGGCCUGUCGACUCUGUAUAUCGGUAUAGCGGAAGCCAAACUAACUUCCAUACCAAAAGAUUUCCCAUCCUCCAUUACAGAACUGAGUCUGGACUACAACAAGAUCUCUAAGGUGGAAAUAGAAGACUUCAUCAGAUAUAAAAACUUGCAGAGGCUAGGACUAGCUUUUAACCAGAUCAAGUAUGUAGAAAAUGGCAGCCUUGCCAACACCCCGAAAAUCCGUGAGAUCUACCUGGACAACAACCGUAUGAGAAAGGUCCCACCUGGCCUUAGUUCCCUGCGCUACCUACAGGUAAUUUUCCUCCAUGGCAACAAAAUCAGCAGUGUGGGAAUCAACGACUUCUGCCCCAUCAGGGCCGACAGCAAGAAGAAUCCGUACACUGGCAUCAGUCUCUUUGCCAACCCUGUUAAAUACUGGGCCAUACAGCCGGCAACCUUUCGCUGCGUGACCGGACGGAGGGGUGUUCAGCUCGGAAACUUCAGAAAGUAGCGGGGAGGGAAAUGAUAGCUCAUAAAUGAAGAAGAAAUGCCUCUUGAUAAAAUAAGGACAUAGCUGGAAAUAAUUCUGAUAGGCUAAAAACAGAUUAAACUGUCCUAUUAAAGGGUUAACUGUUCAAAAAAAAAAA